AUGGCCACGGCUAAAAGAAAGACGAGAAAGCUGAGAGGCCAUGUUUCACAUGGUCACGGCCGUAUUGGCAAGCACAGGAAGCAUCCCGGAGGUCGUGGUUUCGCUGGUGGCCAGCAUCACCACCGCAUCAACCGCGACAAGUACCAUCCAGGUUACUUCGGAAAGGUCGGCAUGAGGAACUACCAUCUCCGUCAAAAUCACUACUACUGCCCGACCUUGAAUGUCGACAAGCUGUGGUCGCUCGUCCCCGAAGAAGCAAGAGAUCAAGCCAAGGGAGCCGAGAAAGCACCAGUCAUCGAUUGCCUUCAAGCCGGAUUCCACAAGGUGCUCGGCAAAGGACUCCUCCCCAAGCAGCCCCUUAUUGUUAAGGCCAAGUUUUUCUCUCACUCCGCCGAACAGAAGAUCAAGGAGGCCGGUGGAGCCUGCAUUCUUGUUGCU